UUAUUAAAUGGUAGACAAAAUUGAAAAGUCAUUCGCUGACAGUUUUGUUUAGUGAGUCGUACGAGGUUAUAGAAGUAAAUAAUUUCGAUUUUGUGCUACAAUUCUUUAAAAAUCCUUAUAGUUUCAUCAUUUAUAUAAACAAUGGCUUCACUAUUGGCUCCUGAAGUACCUGCCCCAGGAUUUUCUUUUGAUAAUUGUCAGCGUAAUGCAUUCCUCGCUCAAAAAGGUUUUCCUGCUCCUAAAGCUACAAAGACCGGUACCACUAUCGUGGGCAUCAUUUAUGCCGACGGCGUCAUUUUGGGUGCCGAUACGAGGGCCACUGAAAACACUGUAGUGUCGGAUAAGAAUUGCCAGAAGAUACAUUAUCUGGCUGGGAACAUGUAUUGCUGCGGUGCUGGUACUGCGGCAGACACGGAGAUGACAACACAGACUGUUGCAUCGCAGCUGGAGCUCCAGCGCCUGCACACCGGCCGCACCGUGCCCGUGGAAACUGCCGCCACGCUGCUCAAGCGCAUGCUGUUCCGUUACCAGGGCUACGUAAGCGCUGCUCUGGUGUUGGGUGGUGUUGACCGCACAGGCCCACAUAUCUAUUGUAUUUACCCUCAUGGAUCUGUAGACAAACUGCCUUAUGCUACCAUGGGAUCUGGUUCCCUAGCAGCCAUGGCUGUGUUUGAAGCUGGAUGGAAGCCCAACAUGUCUGAGGAGGCAGGCAAGAAGUUGGUCCGAGAUGCUAUUGCUGCUGGUAUCUUCAAUGACUUGGGGUCAGGCUCCAACGUUGACCUGUGUGUCAUCCGCAGCAGUGGACCUGCUCAGUACCUCCGCACAUAUGAAGAAGCCAAUGUUAAGGGCAAGAAACAAGGUAAUUACAGAUACCCUCUGGGUACCACAGCUGUUCUCAAACAGAGGGUGAUUCCUCUAGAGGUGGAGUCUGUAAAUGUUCGUCCCAUUCCACGCGCCCAGCCAAUGGAUGUAGAGCCUACACACAGCCGUCGCUAACCUUACUUUUGUAAUUUUACUAAUAAAUUUACUCUGUACUA